AUGGCGGAACCCCAGCAUGAUUCUUCGCCUGAUUCCGACGAAGUAGCUGAAAGGUUCAUGGAGUGGGUAGAGUUGCAGAAACAAGUACUUGCUCCAUACUCCUCCCAACCGGUGCCAGAGCCGGCGUGUGUCGAACGUCCCCGAUCAUACGUACAUCGUGAUCGUGAGGAGGCCCAUGUACGUCUUAUGCAAGACCACUUCAACGACAAUCUGACAUACAGUCAUACUUUUUUUCGGCGUCGUUUUCGAAUGCAAAAUGAGCUGUUCUUGCGCUUCAUCGAUGCUGUUCAAGGUGAAGAUAUUUUCUUCCAUAUGAACACUGAUGCACUCGAUCGAGACUCUUUCUCUCCUUUGCAGAAAUGCACAUCGGCUAUCCGUCAAUUAGCCACCGGGGUUAGUGCGGAUGUAUUCGACGAGUAUCUCAAAGUCGCCGACUUCACCGGGCGUGUAUGCCUCAAGAAGUUCUGCAGGGCAGUCAUCCGGGCUUUCGGAGCCUAUUACCUGUCGGCCAACGCCUCCUUCAUAUGCACGAGGCGCGACACGGUUUUUCCGGGAUGCUCGGGAGCUUAG